AUGGAGCCGAGAGGCCUCUAUUCCCCGAUUGUCCCCGACUAUGAGUCGCGAUCUCAGAUUAACCCGACUUUGUUGAUGAGCUGGUGGGCAACGGGCUUCUCGCUAGCUAUCAUCGUCGUCCGAUUAUGUGGCCGCUACGUUCGACUCGAGCGCUUCUUCCGCGAGGAUAAGAUGAUGGUGCUCAGUAUUAUUCCACUGACCAUUCGCAUGGUUUUGGUGCAUUUCGUCUUGAUCUAUGGUACCAACAAUGUCAAAACAGACGGGUUAACGGCCGAGGAGAUAUCCAAGAGAGAGAUCGGCAGCAAGCUGGUGUUGGUGGCUCGGAUAUUUUACGCGAUCUUUAUUUGGAUGGCCAAAUUGACCGUCUGUGAAUUCUUUCAACGAGUCACCGGCAUGGUCUGGCGCCGCUCCGUCGCCAUCUUCCUACGCUUCAUCCAUUUCUUUCUCUUAUCUACACUGAUUGCCGUGGUCAUCGCAACUCUAGCGGAAUGCCAGCCCUUUUACCACUAUUGGCAGGUUGUCCCUGAUCCCGGGACUAGCUGUCGCUCGGGUUACGCCAACCUCAUUACAAUGGGUACCUGCGAUGUCAUCACCGAUCUCCUCCUCGUUGCCUUUCCCGUUCCGAUAAUCCUCAUGGCCCAAAUACCAAUGAAGCGCAAACUCGGCCUCGUCGUCCUCUUCUGUCUCUCUCUAGUGUUAGUCGCCAUAACCUGUUAUCGAGUCCCAAAUGUCAUCAACCACUACGGUGCCCAACCCUACCGAUCCCUCAUCGCAUCUCUCGAAAUUCUAGCCGCAACAGCGGUCUCGAACGCCGUCGUGAUUGGCUCCUUUGUACGUGACCGCGGCGUUAAGAAACUGAAGUAUAAACGCACCCAGGGCUCUGCAUCCGUCAGCGAAAGCAUGGAUUCCAGUGGUGUCCGUCGCAACACCGUUAUGCAGCACCAGUGGGGUAGCGACUCAGAUCUAGCUGCGGGCAUGGGUAUCCGCUUAGAUCCCAAGCUCUAUUCGUCCGUUACAUCAGUUGUAGCUCCGAUACCUGCCCAUACUGUUCCCCUCGCCGUGGCACGGACAGGAUCUAUAGACCCGGCAUGGUCAUUCCACCAGAGCCGUUCUUCGGACGACCGGAUAUCGGCAGACGACAGCCUCGAUGUCAAAAUCAGUCCGCACGAAUAUAUCAAGACGAAUAAGCCGCGCGAGGCCCCUCCAACACCGGCAUCUCUAUCCCGCCGGGUAUCCUUCUUCGAUGUGGGCGGGUUAUUGGCACAGGACCAACCACAGCCCCAUUCAAAUACAAGGCACUUGAAUACUACCUCCCCACCCCCUAAUGCCGAUACUCAAAGGUUCCGUCGUGGAAGCAGAGCUUUUUUCGAGGAUCUUGGUGUCCUCUCCCCCCGUACUACUACAUCUCCCCCGUCACGCCUUACAUCACCCGCGGCGUCGAGUGAUAUCCCAUCUUCUCAUAUCCUUCCUCUCUACCGAGCUUCGCCUGACGUCUCACUUGAUGUGCCCUUGGACGUACACGUCGAGUUACAAGACGUCGGUGGGCUUUUAUCAUCAAAAACUACUUCGAACGUCUGA